CUACUAUCGCGCAACGUUGGAUUUUGAUGGCGUUUUCAGGGAAUAUACUUAUGCGAAGACUUCUGUCAGUGGCCAGAGCUGGUCAAUUGUUCGACACAUCCCUGACGAUAUAUGUAUGGCACUGACAAACCCGCAAGUAGGCAGCGGUGCCUGUGGGUUCAAUAGCUACUGCAGAGCAAACGGUGGCACUCCUAGUUGUCAAUGCCCAUUCGGGUAUUCAUUCAUGGAUCCAAACAACAAUUUUGGAGGCUGCAAACCAAAUUUCCCUCAAGGUUGCGGAGUAGACGACGGAACGAAAAAACCAGAAGACGUGUAUGACUUGGUCGAGAUUCAAGGCGUGAAUUGGCCAUUUGGAGAUUAUGAGAGUUUGGGACCUUAUAAUCAAACUCAGUGUGAACAGGCUUGUUUGAACGAUUGUUUGUGUGAUGUUGCCAUAUUUGGCGGUACAAUAUGUUGGAAAAAGAAACUACCGCUAUUUAAUGGGAGAAUGGAAGCUGGACUAGCUAUUAUCAAAGUAAGGAAAGGCAGUGUUCCGCCUUCGGGAAGUUCUAGUUUUCCAAUUUCCAACUCAAAGAAAGACAAGCAAAUUCUCUUGUGGAGCUCCGGGUCUGUCAACGUUCUAUUACUAGUCGUAAUACCCCUUAUGUUUUUCUCAAUUCGAUGGAAAAGAUCAAGAAAGGCCGAACAUGAUUCAAGUGUUCCCGAAACAAAUUUGCAUCUUUUCACUUUCGAAGAGCUCAAGGAAGCGACAGAAGGGUUCAAAGAUGAAUUAGGGAGCGGUUCUUUCGGGAUUGUUUACAAAGGUGUAUUGAAAUUUGGUUCAAAGAAACAAGUUGCGGUCAAGAAGUUGGACAAGUCAACACAAGAAGGAGAGAGGGAAUUCAAAGCCGAAGUGAGUGCAAUUGGGAAAACCCAUCACAAGAAUCUGGUCCAACUGCUCGGAUAUUGUCAAGAGGGGCCUCACAGGCUUCUAGUGUACGAGUUCAUGAGCAAUGGAAGUUUAGCAAAUUUCCUCUUCGGCCUUCCAAGACCUGAUUGGUAUCAAAGGACUCAGAUGGCUCUAGGGAUUGCAAGAGGACUAGUUUACUUGCAUGAAGACUGUAAUGCCCCAAUCAUCCACUGCGAUAUAAAGCCUGAAAACAUACUAAUUGACCAAAAUUUCACAGCACGAAUUUCUGACUUUGGAUUGGCAAAAUCAUUAUUGCUCAACCAAACUCGAACUCAUACUGGGAUAAGGGGAACUCGAGGAUACGUGGCUCCAGAAUGGUUCAAGAACGUACCUGUGACGGUUAAAGUGGAUGUCUACAGUUUCGGUGUCAUGUUGCUAGAGAUCAUUUGUUGUAGAAAGAUGGCAGAGUUUGGGGAAGAAGAAAAAGCAAUACUCACAGAUUGGGCUUAUGACUGCUAUAUGAAUGGGAGACUUGACAUUUUGGUGGACAAUGAUCAGGCUGCCAUCGAAGAUAAGGUGACCCUGGGCCGGUGGAUCUUGACAGCAUUCUGGUGUAUACAAGAGGAUCCUUCAAAAAGGCCUACAAUGAAGAUGGUAACACAAAUGUUAGAGGGAUAUGUUGAUGUCCCAAUUCCCACUAGCACUUCUUUCAGCUAUUCAUCUUCAUGAAACAUGAAGAUAGGCCGAUCUAGAUAAGUCUCUUUUUUUAAUUUUCUUUUUGUUGUUUUAGUUGAUAAUAUGUGAAAAUAUUGUUCCAAGAAUAAUUGUAAGGGAUGAUAUGUUUUACUUUCAGUAAACCUAAUAUCAGAAUAAGAACUGGCAGUGGCAUCAUUAAAUAAUUAAUUCAACUCCAAUUCAUGAGGAAAACCUUUUAGAAGAACAACAAUGUUAUGUAUUAAGAAAAGUGUCCAUACUUUAAAAUGGAUAGAUCAUAUUCAUUUAGAAUAUAACUCAUACGACACCAAGUCUAAAUCUAAA